CAGGUGAGCGAAGGGGGGAGGGGAGUUAAUUGGAUCCUGUCCCUGUUUGUGCCACUUGCCUCUCACCCCCGAUACAAAUUCUCUCUAGUUCUGCCCCUUUUCUCUCUCAGUGUCUCACACGGGCUAUAAAAUCCGGGGAGAUUCCUCCCCCCCACUUCUCCUCCAAUGAUCAGCUCUCUGGCCUCCUUCGAUUUCCUCCCCCCGGUUCUCUCCACAAUUCUCAAAUGUCAGUUUAAAAUCUCCUCCAACCUGGAGGAUUUUUCCACCCAUUUUAUUUGCUGUCCUGAGUCGUUCUCCAUCUUGGUUGUUGCCGGGGGUUCAAUUUCCCAGUGUUGAUCUUUCCCCUCUCCUUUGAGAACCAUUUCUUGCCCCCUUUUUCUGUAUUAAAAUGUUUGCCGCUGAAAGAGACCAGCCACAUCUUUAAUACACAUCAAAGCCAGAGGCUUCCCCCUGUUUGGGGAUCAGUGGUUCCCAGCUGGUAACAGGAGAGUUGGCUGGACCCUUUUCUUUUCUCCAGCUAUCACGGGAUGUUCUCUCUGUGUGUGUCUACACUACCUGCUGGAUCGGCGGGUAGUGAUCAAUCUAUUUGGGAUCCAUUUAUCGCGUCUAGUGUAGACACAAUAAAACCGAUCCCUGAUCGCUCUGCUGUCGACUCUGGAACUCCACCGAGGUGGAAGCGGAGUCGACGGGGGAGUGACAGCGGUUGACUUGCCACCGUCCUCACGGCCAGGUAAAUCUACCUAAGAUACGUCACUAUUCGCGUAGCUGAAGUUGCGUAUCUUGGGUCGACUCCCCCCGCUAGUGUAGACCUAGCCUCUGAGUGAAGCAUGGGUACAGAAGUAUCCCAGACCCCAUGACAAAUGGUCUCCCUGAGGAGUUGAUUCCCACAGUGCUAAGAUGUAGCCUCCUCUGGGGUGGCUCCCUGGUCAGGUUGGUGGAUUGUGGAGGUUUGGGGGGGGUGGUUCUGAUGUGCCCAGCCCUGAGGCUAUGGGUCCUGGAGGUGGGUAUCGCUGAGGGUCUGUUGGUUGGGGAACAGCGGGGGUGAGCAUCUUUUGGGGAGGCAGGACAGGGGGUUAGAGGGAGCCUGGUGCUGUGCCAGGGACUCUGUCUGGGAUUCCCCCGCAGACUCCUGGGAUCAUUGCCAUGCCCAGUGCAAAGUGUGUGGGGGGGGCAUCCCCGACACGAGGUCAGGGGAUGCUGGGCAAUCAGAGUGAGGGGUCCCAUGGAAAAGUAUCAGGGGGUCCUGCUAAGGGGAGGAGGGAGUCCCAGGAAAACAGGGCAUAUCCUGAUGGAGGGCAAGCAGGGGUCCUGGGCAGGCAGUGAGGGGCUGAGUUCCCAGUGCGGGGUCCCUGGCACCUGGGGGCUCUUGGUGGAGGGGGAACCCUUUGGGAUUCCCAACCUAGCAGUGAAGGUCUGGUGGGGGUUCUCUGGCUGGUGGGGCUCUGAGGGGUAUCUGGGGUCCCUGGCCAGGGACUCUGGGGACUGGGUCCCAGGGAAUAUCUGGGGGGACCCUGGCUCGGCAGUCUGGGUUCUGGGGGACCCUGGCUGAGGACUCUGGGGGAUGCUACUAACCAUGCUCCUUCUCCCUGAUCGGCUUGUGCCAGAAUCCUGGCUCCAAGCACUACCUGGCAUUCCCCGGCCAGGAAUUCCCCGGCAUUCCCCGGCCAGACCGGUCACUGUGAUAACUUUCUAUCCGCUUAUCAAACACUGUGAGGUGAAAUCACAGAUUUUGCUUUUCUGCCGUCUUGAAAACUGCAGCCCUGUUAAUACUAAAUUUGGAGCCGCAGACUCCAGACAGGUUGCAGAAUGACAUCCAUGUUUCGCUCCAGCUCAUCCCAUCCUCCCAUGGGCCAGGGGACAGAAAUGGCUGCAGAGGAGCCAGUUCAGAGGCCGGUGACCUUCGAGGAGGUGGCUGUGUAUUUCACCAGGGAAGAGUGGGCUCUGCUGGACCUCACUCAGAGAGCCCUCUACAGGGGUGUCAUGCAGGAGAACUAUGAAAAUGUGACCUCGCUGGGGUUUUCAGUUUCCCAACUUGAUGUGAUCUCCCAGCUGGAACAAGGAGAAGAGCCAUGGGUCCCAGACCUCCAGGGUUCAGAGGAAAGAUGGAUCCUGAGAGCUCCCUGCACAGCAGGUGAUGCAAUGGUAUGUGAGAAAGAGGAGCAGAAUUGUCAGCCGGAAAAUGUUGAGCAAGUGGAUAAACACAGAGCAUUAUUGCAAACAUCGAAAAGGAAUGUGUCCAGCAGUCAUGAGGAGGGAAAAUCCUGUGAGAUUCAGCACAGACCAGAAAAAGAGCAGGGAAACCAGCCAGGGGAGAAAGUGGGUAAAUUUAUUUCCUGUCGGGGAACUCAGAAGGGCCUCAAGGAAACCACAGCACAGCAGGCAAUCCUCAGGGGAGAGAGAAAAAAUAGAUGCACUGAGUGUGGGAAAAACUUCUUUAGAAAAUCAGACCUUUCUGAUCAUCAGAGAAUCCACACAGGGGAGAGGCCCUACAAAUGCAGUGAGUGCGGGAAAAGCUUCACUAACAGAUCAAGCCUCUUUCAACAUCAGAGAAUCCACACAGGGGAGAGGCCCUAUGAAUGCAGUGAAUGUAGGAAAAGCUUCACUAACAGCUCAGCCCUUUCUGAACAUCAGCGAAUCCACACAGGGGAGAGGCCCUAUGAAUGCCAUGAGUGUGGGAAAAGCUUCACUCACAGAUCAGCCCUUUCUCAACAUCAGAGAAUCCACACAGGGGAGAGGCCCUAUGAGUGCCGUGAAUGUGGAAAAUGCUUUACUAACAGCUCAGACCUUUCUAAACAUCAGAGAAUCCACACAGGGGAGAGGCCUUAUGAAUGCAGUGCGUGUGGGAAAAAUUUCACUUACAGAUCAGUACUUCUUCACCAUCAGAGAAUCCACACAGGGGAGAGGCCCUAUGGAUGCCGUGAGUGUGGGAAAAACUUCACUCACAUAUCAGGCCUUUUUCAUCAUCAGAGAAUCCACACGGGGGAGAGGCCCUAUGAAUGCCGUGAGUGUGAAAAAUGCUUCACUACCAGCUCAGCCCUUUCUGAACAUCGGAGAAUCCACACAGGAGAGAAGCCCUAUGAAUGCCAUGAGUGUGGGAAAAACUUCACGUACAGAUCAGGUCUUUUUAACCAUCAGAAAAUCCACACAGGGGAGAGGCCUUAUGAAUGCCGUGAGUGCGAGAAAACCUUCAAGUGCAGCUCGCACCUUAUUAGGCAUCAGAGAAUCCACACAGGGGAGAGGCCCUACAAAUGCAGUGAGUGUGGGAAAACCUUCACUCAAAGAUCAGGCCUUUUUCACCAUCAGCGAAUCCACACAGGAGAGAGGCCCUAUGAAUGCAGUGAAUGUGGGAAAAACUUUGCUCACAGAUCAGCCCUUUCUGAUCAUCAGAGAAUCCACACAGGUGAGAGGCCCUACAAAUGCAGUGAAUGUGGGAAAAGCUUCACUCAAAGAUCAAGCCUUUUUCGCCAUCAAAGAAUCCAUGCAGGGGAGAGGCCCUAUGAAUGCACUGAGUGUUGGAAUACCUUCUCUUAGCACUCAGCCCAUGUUAGCCAUCAGAGAAUCUGCAAGGGAGAUCAAGACCAUAAAAACCUCUAGGGCUAUCAAUACUUUUUUUUUUCUCUUUGAUACC